AGUAUUUUUUAUCGAUAGUUAAUGAUAAGAGUCUAUCGAAGUUCCACAUAAUCGAGACGUUUCAUUAAAAUUUAUAAAUUGGUGAAAAAAUGUGGUCCGACACAAUUUUAAUUGUAUUUAUUUCGGUUUGCACCGCUUUUCUUGGCGAAGGCCUCACCUGGGUGCUCGUUUACCGGACGGAAAAGUAUCAAAAGCUGAAGACCGAAGUGGAAAAGCAGAGCAAGAAAUUGGAGCGCCGCAAGGAGAUUCAUGGUGAUUCCCUGGACAAGGCAGUGAAGAAAAAAAUCGAGCGCGAUGAGGAGAAGCUGAAGAACAACAACCGAGACCUGUCACUGGUCAAAAUGAAGUCCAUGUUCGCCACCGGCUUUGCUUUCACAGCGCUGCUCAGCAUGUUCAAUAGCAUUUUCGAUGGUCGUGUCGUGGCCCAGCUGCCAUUUACACCCAUCUCCUGGAUUCAGGGCCUGAGCCAUCGCAACCUGGCUGGCGACGACUACACCGACUGUUCAUUCAUCUUCUUGUAUAUUCUUUGCACAAUGUCCAUUCGUCAGAACAUCCAGAAGCUCCUUGGCUUUGCACCCUCUCGUGCCGCCAGCAAACAAGGUGUUGGUCUUUUCGGACCCGCUCCCGGACAGUUCAAAUAGUGAAUAGCGCAAUAUUAACAAUACUAUUAAAUUAUGUUCGUUAUGUAUGGAAAGAUGACCCAGUUUUGUGGGCAACUAUCUUUAAAUUUCAUGUACAUAAAACGUGAAUAUUAAUCAGA